CUCUCCAUGCUUCAUUUUGUCCCUCCACCAUCAUGAUUAUCAACAGCCCUCCUUUGUUCUGCCAGGCACCAGGUGUCAUGAUCCUGUACCUGCUGUUGUCCGGCACCCUCCUCACCCACCUCCGCCGUCCCAUCAGCCGUCUCACCGUCACAGAACAGCGUCUGGAGGGAGAUUUCCGCUAUGUCAACUCUCGUCUCAUCACUAACUCGGAGGAGGUGGCCUUCUAUCAGGGGAACAAGAGAGAGAAGAAGAACAUUGAUACCUCCUUUAUGAGAUUGGUUAAUCAUCUCCGCUGCUUCAUCACUUUCCGCUUCAACAUGGGCUUCAUUGAUAACAUCAUUGCCAAGUAUCUGGCUACCUGUGUGGGCUUCUCAGUGGUUGCGUAUCCCUACCUCACCCCAACCAGACUGUCCAAGAGUGAAUACAAGACUCGCAUGCAGGACUACUACAGAAGUGGCAGGAUGUUAGUGAAGCUAGCUGAGGCCAUUGGAAGGCUGGUUCUGGCAGGCCGGGAGCUGACAAGGCUGGCUGGGUUCACAGCACGUGUCCAGGAACUGCUUACUGUCUUGAAGGACCUCAACGUUGGGCAAUACCAGCGCACCAUGGUGGAGAACAGGGCGUCCAGUGACAACCUGAGUCUCCUCGCUCUUCAGCCUGGCAGGGGCUUGGUUGUCAAUGAGGACAAUGUGAUCCGUUUUGAGCAUGUGCCGCUAGUCACUCCCAAUGGUGAUGUGCUGGUGCAGGAACUGAACUUUGAGGUGCAGUCGGGUAUGAACGUCCUGGUUUGUGGUCCCAAUGGGUGUGGCAAGUCAUCCCUCUUCAGGAUCCUUGGGGAGCUGUGGCCAGUGUUUGGAGGAUGCGUCACUAAGCCUAGUGCAGGGAAACUCUUCUACAUCCCCCAGCGGCCGUACAUGACCAUUGGCACACUCAGGGACCAGGUCAUCUACCCUGACUCCAACUCAGAUAUGACCUCCCGUGGGGUUAGUGAUGAUGACCUUAGGGAGCUUCUGGGACGAGUGCAGCUGACCCACAUCCUGGAUAGGGAGUGUGGAUGGGAUGCCACAGCAGAUUGGAUGGACGUGCUGUCUGGUGGGGAGAAGCAGCGAAUUGCAAUGGCUCGACUCUUCUACCACAAGCCCCAAUUUGCCAUUCUUGAUGAGUGUACGAGUGCAGUGAGUGUGGAUGUUGAGGAUGCAAUGUACCAGUACUGCCGCCAGGUUGGCAUCACUCUCUUCACAGUGUCCCAUCGCAAGAGUCUCUGGAAGCACCAUGAGUACUACCUUCACAUGGAUGGGCGUGGAUCCUUUGACUUCAAGCCCAUACAGCCAGACACUCAAGAGUUUGGUUCUUGAAGCUCCCAGAGGCUAUUGUACCUGUUGGAAAUCACCGCAUAGGGACACAGUGGGUGAAGCAAGAGCAGGUAACAGUUGGUGUCCAUGUCGUUGUGAUGCAGAUAGUGAGUUCACAGCAAAGAGGCUCUUCUCAUAGUGCUGGUGUUCCUGGGUCAGUGCUGUCAUGAUAGAGCAUUCUUAGCUUCUGUAUUCAUAGUUCAACUUGGCUUUUUUUUUUGGUGUAUUUAGAUUAAGGAAAGUAACGCAGUAAUAGUCAGUCAGACACUUUGCUUCCAGUUUUUAAAAAUGUCAGUUUUGAAAAGUCUGUUUUGUAGCACACAUCAGUAUUAUUGAAACCUCUUUCUCUUUCUCCUCUAACUCCAUAAUUGCUGUUGUUGGUAUUCAUUAUUAUUAUUGUUAUAAUUAUUUUUCUUCUUAUAUCUUUCAUAAUUGGUGACAACAUCAUUGUUUUUUGUUAUAACUAUCAUGUAGAAAUGUCAUCCUGGUGUACAAAUACAUAGCUAGGUUAUUAUUAUCAUUAUUGUAAUCACUGCAGUUGAUAACAGCAAUUGUUAAACAGAGAGGAAAGAGACAAAAUCGUUCUUAUCGCUGUCACAAAUUGGGUGUUUCUAAUAAGCCUGAAGUCUCACACACAAUUACACCACAUUACAUGCCGCACUCUGCUGUUAUCAUCCGAUAAGUGGUAAAUGGUCAAAACUUUGUGUCAACUACACUUAACCCUCGCCUAUCACGCCCAGUUGGGGCCGAAAUAGCUGCGCCAUAGUAAAAAAUGUGAUAGCCGAAUUGAUCUUGGCGGGAAGGCGGUUUUAGCCAAUGAGUUCUCAUAUAUCCCAUGGUGUCAUGGCUGGGUGCGCGAUAGCAGGCAUCUGAGGUUGCGAUAAUGAAAUUUUAGCAGUUUUUCAUGGGUGCGUGAUAGCAAUAAAACGCGAUAGCUGAAGUCGCGAUAGCCGAGGGUUGACUGUAUUUUAAUCUGCUUGCUUAUAUUUACAAGUGGGCAGAGUUUGAGCUUUUGUGGACACUAGUGUCUAGAAGUGUUCAUUUUAUAUAACUUGACAUGGCAAGAUCAGAUUGGCUCUAGUAAGAUAAAUUAUUCCAGCUUUGAAUUUCAAAGAUGUACAGUAAAUCCUCAGUAUAAUAGACUAUUUGUGAGGGAAGGCCAAGUUGUUAUAUCUGAACUUUCAUCACUCUUAUGCUAUAGUCUCUAUAAUGAGUUCUUCUAUAAGAACAUAGCUGCAAGAAUCUAUCAAACCUUUGAAGUUGAAUUGUGUUUAUUAUGUGAGGGAGUUGUUUAGUAAUAUGUAUUUAAUAUUAGUUGAUCUAGUUUCACUGGAAUUCUGCCACACCUAGUGAGAAAAGUUUUACAUAUCCAGUAUUUGUUUGAAAGGCCCUGAGGAUUCUUUAUUUUUGCCUCAUAACAAUUAGGGGUGUUAAAUGUAAGGCCGAGUUAAAACAUCUGAUAUAUUCAGUAGUCAUUAUAUUAUAUGUGCAUUUAUUGUAUUGAGGACUUACUCUAUCUUGUGCUUUCUUAAGCUAGAGUCUGAAGGUCAGGGUUGAGAUUGAGCCGUGGAACAAGUAGGAUCGUUAUGUUCCUCAGGGAUGUGGAAUAGUAAUGUUCCAUACAAUGAGUGUUUCAAAUUUUUCUGCUGGCUUUGUGUGAGUGUUAAUUGUGGCCCCCUGAAGGCAUCUCAGCAGGUGUCAUUGCAGCCUUUUACUAUUUUGCCUUGUAUGGUGCUUCAUUUCUUUGAUAUUCAUGUCUUAAUGUCCGAAAUCAUCCUGAAAUAUAGUCCACACCCCGCCUGUCAUGAAUAAGUCUUGUUCAUGGAAAACGGGUAUUUUCUUCAUCGGUCAUUUGCUUCAUGCACUCACACAUCACUGACCAUUGAAUAAUGAUAACAGUUUUUAGCCACAAUUUAUGUCAUUUUCUAAGAUUUAUUAGUUGACUCAUAUGAUAGUAAUAUUUUUACUCAACAUAAUGAAAGAUGAAUGAACUAAUAGUUCAUACUCUUAGUCUUCAGAAAACUUAGUGAAACUAUAUUUUGACCAGGAUCAAAAUCAUUAAUAGUGAAAUCAGGACUAAGGAUUUUUGUCCCUGAAUAAUAAAAAGAAAGCAAAUAAAAAUGAAAUUUAUGAAUUCUGAUAAAUGUAGGCAUCUAGUGAUGGUGACCAAUCAAGUAAUGUAUCAUGCUCCUUCUCCUGUGUUUAGCAUUAUUCUCAAUUAAUAUCAAGGACUCUGAUCUGUUUCUGAAUCUAUCAGUUGUCAGAUUUUAUAAGUAGAUUUAAUGCUUAAUAUGAGAGAAAGUGCAAAACUGGAUAAGUCAGUGGACAAGGUUGCUAGACUUCUGACCACGACUACACUGCUGGGAAAGCAUCCACAAUGAUUAUGGAGCAAGUGACUUGGUGGUUUGUGAGCCUAAUAGUUUCCCAGAGAAUAGAGGACCCUUUUUAAAGUCUAAUUAACAACAUAAGAAAAAAAAAAAAAAAAAAAAAGGGAUUGUGGCAGGUAUACAGAAAGCUUUGAAUUUGUUAAGCAGUGUGUAUACAGAAAGGAGAAGACAGGGAAAAGUGAGUGUGAUGAAUGUGACAAAUGAUGAGAAGAAAUGAGGAAAUAGGAAAAAAAAGUUUGAUGGAAAGUAUGGUAGAUAGAGAGGAGAAAAUGAGAUAAAGAGUGUGAUGGCUAGUAUGUUAGAGGUGGUGGUGGUGGUGGUGGAGAGCAUACAACUGGCAGCUUAAAAAUGUGUGGGCCUGAAUUUUCUUAUUUUAGGUUGAUCGGAAUAAUGCAAACAAUACAUCACCUGUGGCAUCUGAUUCACUACUUAAAUCAAAAGCAGCUUCAUCCACAAGACUUGCUUUGUGUUGUUAUGAAUUCAAAUCGAUGUGAUACUUUGUCUGUCUUUGUGUUCACUCUUCUACCUACCUCACAAUCACAUUUUUCAUUAUCUCGUAAUAUCCUAUUUUUAUCUCAGGAUGGAGAGCAUGAAUGAAGGAAAGAGAAAACAAGAGGACAGGCUGAGUGUGUGUGUGUGUGCGUCUUUCAUUCAUUAUGGUGUUGGGCUCUCAUUCUAUAUUGUAGGUCACCAAGUAUAGCUUUGAAAUGAGAGUCUAAGAGUCCAUGAUAAGUCAAUCUUUGAAUAGCCCUUAACCUGCACCACACCACACACCCAGUCAUCCUCUUGCUUGGGAUCAGUAGGAACAGUAACCUUCCUCACUUAGUGAAAUUCUUUGCUGCCUGAGUGGAUGCAAGUGUCAGCCUACCAUAUGAGAAGCAGGAUGUUUCUACUGAGAUAAUGAGCACUGUGUGUGUGUGUGUGUGUGUGUGUGUGUGUGUGUGUGUGUGUGUGUGUGUGUGUGUGUGUGUGUGUGUGUGUGAUUUAUUAACUUGAUUACAUGCUGGAUUCAUGGACAACUGCAUCCUCCUAGUGAAAAUUUAUGAAGGCCAAGUGUGUGUAUUUACUAUUUGUAUUUAUCUAGUAUUGUGUGUGUGUGUGUGUGUGUGUGUGUGUGUGUGUGUGAAGUGAACAAUAAUGAUGUGUUUUCACAUAUUUUUAUCUUUGUAAUAUUGUGUUUAGACAACUGUACAUACAUAGGUACAUGAAGAGAAUGUUAUUGUGAGACUGAAGUACAGAAACACACACACACACACACACACACACACACACACACACACACACACACACACACACACACACACACACACACACACACACACACACACACACACACACACACACACACACACACACACACACACACACACACACACACACACACACCAAUCAAUGACUUGCUUUAGUGGUUGUGAUGAUUAAAGUCUUAAGCAUAAUUACAUGAUUUGAACAUUGCUUAUUGAUAUUGGAACUCAUUGGUUAAAGGUUCUUUGUGCUUUUAUAAGAUUUUCAGCGUAAAAAAGUACACUGAAGUGCAAUUACAAUGCUAAAUGUCAGUUAUUACUUUCUCUCUCUCUCUCUCUCUCUCUCUCUCUCUCUCUCUCUCUCUCUCUCUCUCUCUCUCUCUCUCUCUCUCUCUCUCUCUCUCUCUCUCUCUCUCUCUCUCUCUCUCUCUCUCUCUCUCUCUCUCUCUCUCUCUCUCUCUCUCUCUCUCUCUCUCUCUCUGUCUGUGUUGUGUGAGUGUGUACAAUACAUGGGUGUACACUCAUAAGCACAAAAAUAAAUAUUACCAAAUAAAAUGUAUUUAUGAAAUAGAUUUGCUGCAAAUUACUUCUUGUCAUUUAUAAAAGAUGGACAAGAAGAACCUUUAUGUAUUUUAUCACUUAGGUAUUUUUAUUAUCUGGCAAUUGAUCAGAUGCUUUAACUUUAUUUCUUUAUUUAUUAUUGAGAAUAGCAGACAUUGAUUAAGGAUCAUGAUUAUAUUCAGGUGUACUGCAAGCUUGGCAGGAGUGUUGAGUGCUCCUUGUACUAGGAACAGUACAUGUUGAAUAAAAUUCCCCCUCUGAAUUGCACCAAUUUCAGGUUCAUUUUUUAAUGAUUGAUUUUAUGAGACUUGCUUGUGUUGAGGUCUUAAAUUAAUUUUGUUUGCAUUAGUGAAUGAAGUUUUUGUCUUGAUAUAGCCUCUGUGGCAAGGGGGCACUGCCUGGCCUCACAGUCUGUGGCCAGGUUGGAAGAAUACUGCCACUGUUCUCCCUGCAUGUCGUAAAAGGCGCCUUAAAGGGACAGAGUAUGGGACCACAGGCCCCUUCCUCUGCAUGUUUAUUCCUGUCCCCCUAUAAGGAGGGAUCUCAACCUGGUAUAUACAUAGGUAGAUAAAUGGAUAUGUAUAAAUAUUUUACACCAUAGAGAAAGAAAUUAAUCUGUGAUACUGCUCCUGAUAAUGCACAGAAUGCAUUUGGAAUAAAGCAGUUAUAUGUUUGAAAAUAUAACUAAAGUCUGAA